GUUAAUCGACCGCGAUCCAUUUCUACACCCAACACAACGAGAGAGAGAGAGAGAGAGAGAGAGAGAGAGAGAAAGAGGCGAGCAGAAAUGGCGAUGGAGAUGGAGAUGGAGAUGGAGGGCUUUUUGAGGGAGUGUGAGAGGUCUGGCGACGCCGCCUACGCCGCUCUCAAAUUCGUUCUGGAGAAGCUGGAGAACCCCGCCACCCGAUCCGACGCCCGUGUGUUCCUCGCCCGCGUUCAGCAACGGUUCCACGCCAAGGACGACGCUGAUCGAUGCUUCCGCACCUACCAUUUCCGUAUCCACGACGUCCUCCUCCACGAUUUCCAAGGAUUCCAAAAGAGAAAGAAGCUGACCAUGAUGGUGAUCCCUAGCAUUUUCAUUCCAGAAGAUUGGUCUUUUACUUUCUAUGAGGGCAUAAAUCGCCAUCCUGAUUCCAUUUUCAAGGACAAAACUGUUGCUGAGCUUGGUUGUGGAAAUGGAUGGAUAUCCAUUGCACUUGCUGAAAAGUGGUCCCCUUUAAAGGUGUAUGGGCUUGAUAUUAAUCCAAGAGCUGUCAAAAUUUCAUGGAUUAAUUUGUUCUUGAAUGCAUUGGAUGAGAAUGGGUGUCCUAUCUAUGAUGGAGAGGGAAAAACUCUGCUUGAUAGGGUGGAAUUCCAUGAAUCAGAUCUUCUAGCUUAUUGCAGGAAAAAUGAUAUACAACUAGAGCGUAUUGUUGGAUGCAUCCCUCAGAUUCUCAACCCAAAUCCAGAUGCCAUGUCAAAGAUGAUUACUGAAAAUGCAAGCGAGGAAUUUUUGUACUCGUUAAGUAACUAUUGCGCUCUUCAGGGCUUUGUUGAGGAUCAAUUUGGCUUGGGUUUAAUUGCACGAGCUGUUGAGGAAGGAAUUGAAGUCAUAAAGCCUAUGGGAAUUAUGGUAUUUAAUAUAGGAGGACGUCCAGGGCAAGGUGUUUGCAAACGAUUGUUUGAACGUCGUGGUUUCCAUAUCACAAAGCUUUGGCAAACAAAAGUUAUGCAGGCUGCUGAUACAGAUAUUUCAGCCUUAGUUGAAAUUGAGAAGAACAGCCAUCAUCGCUUUGAAUUUUUUAUGGGUCUUGUUGGUGAUCAGCCUAUUUGUGCUCGUACAGCUUGGGCAUAUGUGAAGUCUGGUUGUCGUAUUUCACAUGCUUUGUCUGUCUAUAGUUGUCAACUUCGCCAACCAAAUCAGGUGAAAACCAUAUUUGAAUUUUUAAGAAAUGGUUUUCGAGAGGUCAGCAGCUCCUUAGAUCUGUCAUUUGAUGAUGAUUCUGUUGCUGAUGAAAAGAUACCAUUCCUAGCUUAUCUUGCUAGUGUAUUAAAAGAAAAUUCAUUUCUUCCAUAUGAUCCCCCAGCUGGAAGUAUGCGUUUUAGAAGCCUUAUAGCUGGAUUUAUGAAAGUAUACCAUCACAUUCCACUAAGUGCAGAUAAUGUUACAGUAUUCCCUUCAAGAUCUGUGGCAAUUGAGAAUGCUCUUCGGCUCUUCUCUCCACGACUUGCUAUUGUCGAUGAACAUUUGACUAGAAACUUGCCAAAGCAAUGGCUGACAUCUUUAGAAAUUGAGGGAACUAAUGAUGAACUUGAAGAUAUCAUUACCGUGAUUGAGGCACCGCGCCAGUCUGACCUGAUGAUUGAGUUGAUUAAAAAGCUAAAACCACAAGUUGUAAUUACUGGCAUGGCUCAGUUUGAGGCCAUUACAACUUCUGCAUUUGAAAAUUUAUUGAAUACUACUGAAGAGCUUGGUGCCCGUCUUUUCUUGGAUAUAUCAGACCACUUUGAGAUUUCAAGUCUUCCUGGAUCAAAUGGAGUGUUAAAGUAUCUUGCCGGCAAGAGUCUGCCGUCACAUGCAACUAUCUUGUGUGGACUAGUGAAAAAUCAGGUUUAUUCUGAUUUAGAAGUGGCCUUUGUCAUAUCUGAAGAUGAGUCUGUAUAUACAACAUUGCCGAAGACUGUGGAGUUACUGGAAGGGCAUACAGCAUUAUUUAGUCAGUACUACUAUGGCUGUCUGUUCCAUGAGCUGCUCGCAUUUCAGCUAGCAGAUCGUCAUUCACCUGCAGAGAGGGUACGUGCGGACAGAAACUCGGCUAAGUUGAUAGGAUUUGCAAGUUCUGCUGUUUCUGCCGUAAACAAUGCCGAGCUUUCCAUCACUGAUCAUAAGGACAAUUUACUGAUUCACAUGGAUGUAGAUCAAAGCUUCUUGCCAAUACCUUCUGCCGUAAAAGCAUCCAUCUUCGAGAGCUUUGCAAGACAAAACAUGGUUGAGUCUGAAACCGAUGUUCGUUUUGGAAUUCAGCAGCUGGUAAGGAAUAGUUAUGGGUUCCCAUGUGAUGGUUCUUCAGAGUUCAUUUUUGCGAAUUCUCAGUUAGCCCUUUUCAACAAGUUAAUUCGUUGCUGCAUACAAGAAAAAGGCACCUUCCUUUUCCCCUCGGGCACAAAUGGGAAUUAUGUCUCUGUGGCAAAGUUCAUGAAUGCAAACAUUUUGACUGUCCCAACACAAUCAGAAAUAGGUUUUAAGCUUGUUCCAGAUACACUUGCAAGCUUGCUUGGGACCUUAACAAACCCAUGGUUGUACUUGUCUGGACCCACCGUCAAUCCAACAGGCUUGCUAUAUGACAACAAAGAGAUUAGUGAGAUACUUGCUGUCUGUGCCGAGUAUGGUGCCAGGGUGGUAAUUGAUACUUGUUUCUCAGGUCUAGAGUUCCGCAGAGAUGGUUGGGAGGGAUGGAAUCUGAAAAAUUGUCUUUCGUCACUUACAUGUACUACUACUAACUCAUCCUUCGCUGUGUCUCUGCUUGGUGGGUUGUCAUUUGAGUUGCUCACCGGAGGUCUUGAGUUUGGAUUCUUGAUUUUGAAUGAGCCAACCCUGAUCGAUGCAUUUUCUACCCUACCGAGCUUGGGCAGGCCACACAGCACAGUCAAAUAUGCCAUCAAAAAGUUGUUGGGUCUCCGCGGCCAAAGGUUUCAGCAGUUCUCUCGAGUCAUGGAUGAACAGAAAGAUAUUCUAAGAAGUCGUUCUGAUUGCUUGAUGAAGACACUCCGAAGCUGCGGAUGGGACGUCGUUGGCUGCUGUGGUGGUGUUUCUAUGGUAGCUAAACCAACAGCUUAUCUGGGCAAGAUGCUUAAAUUAGAUGACUUCGAGGCCAAGCUUGAUGCUACCAAUUUCAGACAAGCUGUUCUAAAAGCUACUGGUCUGUGCAUUAACAGUGGAUCAUGGACUGGAAUUCCGAACUACUGCCGCCUCGCUUUCGCUCUCGAGAAUUCCGAGUUUGAACGGGCAUUACAAUGCAUCACUCGGUUCAAGAAGUUGGUUCUCGAGAAUUGAGUAUGCUUGACUACCUUUCUUUCUCAUGUGAUGUGACUCAGAAAUAAAUAGAACCUACAAAGGUCAGGUCAGAGCAUUUUCCAUUGGGGAUCUGUUACAUACAGCUGAUCCAUGCCAAUGUUUUCCUUGUGGGGUAUCCCCCCUCCAGGGGAUUUCACGUAAGCUUCGUUUAGCUUUUUCUGCCUUGGAAUUCUUCGUCGGCUCAUGGCUUGGUUUCUGUGGCCUGCUCACAUGGACAUGAACCG